AUGCCACCACCUUCACCCUCCCCGCCACUCAGCUACACAAUACCCCCUUCUCUCAACGCCUUCUCCUCCAAGCCAGCCGAGUUCAGAGCAACUCACCCUCCAAUCCAACAUCUCAUCGCCGGCGCCCUCGUCACCAACCCCGAAGGACAAGUUCUUCUUCUCCGCCGCGCAGCCCAUGACUCAUGGCCUCUGCUAUGGGAAGUCCCUGGCGGCUGCGUCGACGACAUAGACGCUGAUCUCAUCGCCGGCGCUGUCCGCGAACUCUGGGAAGAAGCGGGUCUGCGCGCCAACAAAGUGAAAGGCGUUGUAGGCAUAGUACCUAUCGCGGAACCUAUGCCUGACGAUCCACUGGAGAAGGACCUCGAAGUGCUUUACGACAUGCUCGUUUUUCGAGCUAAUGAUGGGGUUUGGGGGAAGUUAACUAUUUGGGUGGAUGUGGAGAGCUGCGAGGAUGUCAAGAUUGAUGAGGAAGAGCAUGUUGAGUUUGCGUGGGUGACGGAGGAAGAAGCACUGCAGAACAGCUUCAAGGAUGGUAGGAAACUGGACUUUGUCAGUGAAGGUGUCAGGAGGAAUGUCCUCGAGGGCUUUCGUUUGUGGAAGCAGGAGAAUCAAUGA